ACUGAUAGGUGACACUGAAAGGCAGCUCAGAUGGGCACUGAUAUGUGGCAUUGAUGUGCACUGGUGUGCACUGAUAUGUGGCACUGAUGGGAACUGGCACUGACAUAAGGCACUGAUGGACACUGACAGGUGGCACUUCUGGGGCCACACUGAUCAUCAGGGCACACUGAUCAUCAGUGCCCUGAUGAUCAGUGUACAUGUCCCCUCUGCGGAAAGCCGAGCGGAUCACAUGACCGAGCCGACAUCUUCGGCUCUUUCCGUGAUCGGUGAUCCGCCGUGUCCGAGGGACACAGCGCACCGCCGAUCGCUGCGCUGCACUCUC